UAAUUAUCUGUGCGCCGCCAUUUUCCUUGUUGUAGGCGCCUCAAAUGUCAUAAUAAUUUCAUUUUCUGAAAAUUACGUUUUCUUUAAUGUUUUACGUUCUUUUUCAUGUUUCAUUGAUGUCUCAAGCUAUUUCUUGUCCUAAUUUCGUUUUGUUUGCAUUCAAUUUCGCAAAUUGUGUUAGUGAUUUCUGCCGACACUCCAAGGAUUUAUAAUUGAUGUUUUACAAUGAAAAUCAGAGAUCAUCUUCAUAAAAGGUAGCGAGUGAUUCCAACGCCCACAAGACAUUGUUACAAGGGCUACGCAGUGCGUUUGGAUUCGUUUUUGGCGCGUGACAUUAAGCUAUGGAUAUGUGAAGAUAGUCGGUUGUGAAAGUGCGUUGUAUGUAUGAGGAACAAUGAGCGAUUCGCCAGGAGUGGAGUGGCUGCCGGCGUACAGCCCCGGGCCCCCGCGGCAUAGUCCCCUGGGGCCCAUCCCUCGCUUCCUCUACGAAGACGUGCAGCCGCUGGCGCUGCAACAGGAGAACAACAACAAGGAGUCUGAGCUCUCACAGAACACUAAUAAAAUCAAACAUGCCAAGCCAGCUUACAGCUAUGCAAGUAUGAUCAGGCUGGCUAUCAGCAGUUCACCCAAUGGCAAGAUGACACUCAAUGAGAUAUAUAAUUAUAUUUGCAAUGCAUUCCCAUACUACAAGGAAGCAGGGAAAGGUUGGAUGAACUCGAUAAGGCACAAUCUAUCUCUGAACAAGUGCUUCAUGAAGGUCGCUCGCAGUAAGGACGACCCUGGCAAAGGCUCGUACUGGGCGAUGGACAGCAGCUACAAAAUGGCGGAGGUGACGCAGAGACGCAAACGCAGCCUUAGGAUGGCCCCAUACAGUCCAGAAUGCAGUUCAAACAGUAGCGGGGAAGUGGGCGUGUCAGGCAUUGAUGCUGCGCCCACGCCGCCCGCAACACCCACGACGCCCACAACGCCCACGACGCCCACCACCGCAGUCAUUAAGGAAGAGCCAACCGUCAAACUGGAGAACACAGAUUCAAGACAUACAGACGACGCGUUAACGGCGCUCAUGAACGAAGAAUUGAUCACAGAUGCUGACAUUAGUAGAGAGAGUUGGUGGUGGUCAGGCGCUAGACGACACGUUUGUGUGGUCCGUCAUAGCGCUUUAACGGACGAUUAUGGAAACUUCCUCGACACGCGGCACCACUGCGACUGUCCGCUAGACAUCAUGCCCACGACGCCCACAACGCCUACGAUGCCCAUUACGCCCACAAUGCCCAUGACGCCCAUCAUCGCAGACGACGUGGGUGUAGAUGUUCUGCCCACCACCCCGCCGUGGCAUGCAUUAUAACACCGCGUGCGCCUGAUGCGUGAGUGGAAACAUACUAAAAACUACAUGUAGACGUAUUUUCGUACUGUAUUGUAUUGGAACGGUGCAAAAAUAUACGAGAUAUGGGUAUCCCCGUUAACUUUUUUAUAGAUUAUGGGUACCAAUUUAUAAUCUUUGACAAAAAAAUGGCUUGAUGGGUACCUGUUGAAUAUUACGUGUAGAAGAAUUUACGCAUUGUGACGGGGCAAAAAUACCCGGAUUAUAAAUUUGGGUAUACCCGUAAACGUUAUUGCAUUAUUGGCUACCAAUUUAUGAUCUUAUGACCAAUAAAAUGGCUAAAAACAAUGUUUCAAUAAGUAAUGGAUAUCUGUUAAAUACUACGUGUAGACUUAUUAAUGUAUUUCAUACUGUAUUGUACUGUGAAGGGGCAAAGUUACUCAAAUUAUAAAUUUGGGUAUCCCCAUAAACAUUAUUAUAGAUAACGGCUACCAACUUGUAAUCUUAUGUGAAACAAAAUAGCUAGAAACAAUGUUUCGUAAAUUAUUGAGUAUUGGGAACCUACUGAAUACUACGUACAGGUGUAUUUACAUUCUAAGUAACUACCAUGAUAAUUUUAGUAUCAAUAUUUGAUAUAAUAUCACGCCACACUUCGAAAGAUAGUCUUAAAAACAUGCACAAUUUGCGAUUGUUUGCAUAUCUACGAUGCUUAUAGCGCCUACCUUGAUUGGAGGAUGCUAUGAGCAUUAAAAUUGCAUAUAAAAAGAAACGCAUAUUUGUAACGACUAUGACGAAUAAGGUUUUUUGAAAUUUGGUAUCAUCAAGAAAAUGGAAUUAGCUGGCUAAGAUAUAUUAUGACAUUUUUGGCGUUUAAUGGUUUAUGACGUCAUUCGAACUACAAUAUUCCAAAUUCGAAUGACAUUAAAGGACAAUAUGUGGCGUGCACUUAGUUUUGCGAUCAGUCUAAAAAGAUUGGGAAAUAAAGUACGGUAGCUGAGGCACGCGUACGAAUAGGGGGUCUUCCAACACUGGAGGUUAGGGACAGGGUCGUCAUUCUAGCAUCUGGGACCCCAACAUCUAUCGUCUUUUUGAAACAAUAUGUCCUAGGGUCAACUUCGCAAUCCACUGAGCUUUCUGUUACUCUGGUUCUCCUACAGAUCUCAUCAUUUCUGAUUUGAUCACGCAGAGAAACUCCAAGCAUAAAAAUUCUCUCCAUCGCCCGCUCAGUUACUGAGCUUUCUUAUGAGGCCCAUAGCAACCAUGUCUCCGAUCCAUUACGGAACAUUUUAUUCAUACAUUUUGAACCGCCAGCGUUGAUGGUUAUCCAGGCAUAACAGUUUUUCUCAGUCGAAUGACAAUGUCACUUAAACUUGGUUCAAUUUUGGUCCGCUUAUUUUGGCGCCAAAAACUAGGUCUAUAGAUGUAAA